AUGCAGCUCGCCCACACCGACUCUGCCCUCUCGAUCCCGCCGCCAGACCUGUACGCCCCGCCGCCGUCGUCGUCGCCGCCUCAGAGCCUCGUCGACCCGACCCAGGCCGCCCUCGCCGCCGACGACCUCGCCCGGUUGCGCACCUUGCGCGACGCCAUCCUCGCAGGCCAGCACCCGCUGUACCGCGUCCCCGCCCAGCUCGUCCCGCUCCCCUACCGCGACGCCGCCAUGGACGCCACGAGCCCCAACGACGACGACAAUGGCCGCCCUCUCCCUCCCUCUUCCUCGUCCUACCCCGACCUGUACCCGGCCCACCACGCCGACUACGCCGACCACACCGACAGCACCGACUCGGGUCCGUUGCCCCUCUCCGCCGAGCGCCUCGCCGCCGUCGCAGGCGCCGCCGACCACACUUCGGACGCACGCUCCCUUCAAGCCUCGUCGCCAGACUCGUCCAUCGUCAUCGUCGAGCCCCAAGGCCCGCCCGAGAUCCACUCGUACGAGCCCGAGUUCCGCGCCGUCAAGACCGAGCCCGUCGUCGAGCUCUCGCGAGCAGGAGCCACCACGUCGUCGUCGAGCGAGAUCGACCACCUCGAGCGUAACCCGUACCCUGUCGAGGUCCGCCCUUCGGGCUCAAGCACCGUCACAUCUGGUCCUGGCGCGCCGGUCGCUGCACUGCCCGCCCGAGUCGCGCGAGAAACCAUCGUGCUCGCCUCCAGUCCGCCAGCUCAGCAGCAGCAGCCGCUUCCUGUCGUCGCACCCGUCGUCAACGGUUCCGAGACGGUCGUACCCGACAACGAGGACGACGACCAAGACGGCGACGUGCAGAUGAUCAUCUCGUCGGUCGACUCGCACCAGCAGCCCGUCAACGCCGCGCCGUCCGCCAACGACACGACCCACGCCGCCACGAUGCCUGCGCCCAUCUCGUCUGCGUCUUCAGCGUCUCCCGCUCUCGCGCAACCGGUUCCUGUACACCCGCCGCACCCUUCUGCCCGAGCGGCCCACCCUUUCCCCGACAGUCACUUGCCGCCCUCGCCACCCAUCGCCGACGACUCGCCCGCCGCCCGCGAGGCCAAGCUCCGCGCUCGCCUCUCGCUCGAGCGCGCCACCGCCGCCGCCGAUGCGGCCCGCCUCGCGCCGACCGCCGGCGUCAGCGGGCCGCCGCCGGGCGUCAAGGAGACGCGCGGCGAGCGCAAGGACCGCGAGGCGCGCGAGGUCAUGAUGCGCCGCAAGCUCGAGCUCGAGCGCAAGGAGAUGGAGUCGCGCCAGGGCGGCGGGCGUCAGCAGUCGGACGGGCCGGCGCCGCCGCCUCCUGCGCCCGUGCUCGCACCCGCACCCGUCGUCGUCGCGCCGGCGCGCGUGCCGCAGCCGCAGCCGCAGCCGCAGCCGAGCAAGGACGAGCUCGAGCGUAGAGACGGAGGGCAGGCCAGGAGGGAGGACCGCCCUGACGCUCGUGAUCGUCGCGACGAGCGCUCGGACCCGCCGGCUCGAGGACCCGACCAUGGCGGUGCGCCGCCGCCGCCGGGCUUCCGGCGCAGCGACGACGGCGCUCGAGGGCCUGCGCAUGACCGCGACGGCUACGCGCAGGGCGGCGGCGGCGGUGGGAGGGGGCCCGAGGGCCACAAGCGUCGGCUGUCGUCGACGACCAACCGCUCGCCGAGCCCGCCGCCGUAUCGUCGCCCGCCUGCGCCUUCCGGCGGCGGUGGACGCUCGCCGCCUCCUCCGCUCCCGCCUCACGGCUCGGGCUACCACGGCGGCGGUCCCCCGCCCCGCCGCUACUCGGGCGGCGUCAACGAGCGCCCCCGCAGCCCGCCGCCCCUCCUCGACCGCUUCAGCGUCCCUCCUCCACGUCCCGGCCCGCCGCCCUCGGGCAGGUACGACGACGGUCCGCCGCCGCCGCCGCCGCGUCGUCGCUCGCCGAGCCCGCCUCGCCGAGGAGGUCCGCCGCCGCCUUUCGACUCGCGCGACCGCGACUUUCCGCCGCCGCGAGGUGGUGGGCCGCCGGGCCCGCGCCCAAUGCCGCCGAGGGACGCUCGUGACGUCCGCGACCCGUACUAUCCGCCUGGACCGCCGCCGGCGCCGUCACGCGACCUGUACGAGCACGACCGGGACCGUGGUCGUGGUGGACCUCCUCCUCCGCUCAUCUCGCGCCGCUCGCUGUCGCCGCCUCGCGGUGGCCGUGGCCCGCCGCCUCCUCAGCAGGGCGGCUACGACCGCGGUCGCGAGCCCGGCCCGCUCCCGCCUCGUGUGCGAUCGCCGCCGCCGUUCGGUCGUGGUCGCUCGAGAUCGCCGCCGCCGUUCGCCGCCGGCGCAGCGAGGCCGCGCUCGCCGCCGCCGUUCAACAGCGGCCGCGCUCGCUCGCCGCCGCCGUACCCGCCCGGCCGGGGCCUGCCGCCGUCCGGUCCUCCUCGUGGAGGCCCUGCGGGUGGUCCCGGGCCCUACGACCGCCGCCCGCCGUCGCCGGGUCCUCCUCGCGGCGGGCCUCCCCCAGUCGGCGGCGGCGCGCCCUACGGCCGUCGUCCGCCUUCGCCGGGCCCGCCGCAGCGCUUCCCGCCGUCUCAAGGUUUCCCUCCCUCGAGUGGCCCGCCGCCGCCCCCUUCCUCGGCGCGCGGGCCUCCUCUCGACGGCGCAGGCCCAGGCGGCCGUGGGCGUUCGCGCUCGCCGCCGCCGAGGAUGCCGCCGACGGCAUUCGAGCGCGAGCGUGAGCGCGACAUGGCCAUGCGCGACCGCGACCGAGGCCGUCCGCUCCCACCUCGCGACGACCGCCGUCGCUCAAUGAGCCCGCCUCGUCGCCCGCUCAGCCCGCCGCGCCGCCUCGGCCCCGGUCCCGGUCCCGGUCCUGCUCGUGGGCCGCCGCCUUUCGACAGCCGCGACCGCGACUUUGACCGUCGCGGCCCGCCACCGCCGCCGCCGUCGUCGUCGUACGGCCCCGUCCUCGGCGCACCCGGUCCUCGCGACCCGUACGAGCGCGAGCGCCCUCGCGAGCUCGACUACCCGCCGCCGCCGGGAGGCGCUCGCGGCUCGUUCCCGCCGCCGAUGCCGAUGCCGUCGAGCCGCACGCCCGCGUACCGCGACGAUGACUACCGUCGCGGCGGACCCGGCGGCCCUCCUCCCCUCGGCAACGGCGGCGGCUAUGCCUCGGCUCCUUCUCCUCUCCUGCCGCCUCUCGCACCGCCCUCGUCCGCCUACGGGCCGCCGCCGUUUGGCUCGUCGUCGACCUCGUCGGCGCUCGACCCGACGCUCGAUUUCGAGGCCCGUGCGCGCGCACGCGCAGCGGCCGUGUACGAGGAGGAGCGCGAGCGCGGCCGGCUCGAGUACGAGCGCGAGCUGCUCAAGCGCGAGAGGGAAGAGUACGCGCGCGACGUCGAGCGCAGGGAGCGCGAGCUCGAGAUGAGGGAGAGGGAGGCGGCCAACGCGAGGAGGCCCGGCGGUGGGGACGGCGGCAGGUACGACGACGACCGUGACCGGGACUAUCGCGGUGGCGGAGGAGGUGGGCGAGGUGGGUACGGCCCGCCGUCGAACAGGGGCAGGGGCGCGCCUCGCGGGAGGGGACGUGGGCGCGACUGA